CACAGCAGGUCGUGUUGUGACGGGGGAUGGGAGUGGGGAUUUCUCUCGCGGUCUUGUAGUUCAACUCUGGUCUAAAACGUUGUUUUCUUUGUGAAAACAGGCUUUGUAGCCGAUAAGCUGACGUUUCUACCCGCGGGCGGAUGCACCUCGCGACGUCUGAAAAGCGAAAAUAAUAUCUGCACGCGCUCGGCCAGGUCUGCUUACAAAAACGGCUGAAAUGUAUUCGAGCGGAGCAGCGAGUGCUCCUCUGUCUCCUCCACCACCACCACCACCACCACCACCACAAGAGUAUGUGUUCAAACCACCCCAGAGGCCAGACUUUGGCACCAUGGGCAGGACAAUCAAACUGCAGGCCAACUUCUUUGAGAUGGAGAUUCCAAAACUGGAGGUGUACCAUUAUGACAUUGACAUCAAACCUGAGAAGUGCCCACGCAGGGUCAACCGUGAAAUUGUCGAGCACAUGGUCCAGCACUUUAAAACACAGAUCUUUGGUGACCGAAAGCCUGUGUAUGACGGGAGGAAGAAUUUGUACACGGCGAUGCCCUUACCCAUAGGGAGAGACAAGGUGGAGCUGGAGGUGACUAUCCCUGGAGAAGGGAAAGACAGGAGCUUUAAAGUGGCCAUAAAGUGGGUUUCCUGUGUUAGCCUGCAAGCUCUUCAUGAAGCUUUGUCUGGACGACUGCCAAGCAUCCCUUUUGAGACCAUUCAGGCUCUAGAUGUGGUCAUGAGACAUUUGCCCUCCAUGAGGUACACACCUGUUGGCCGCUCAUUCUUCACACCUUCUGAAGGCUGCUCCAACCCUCUUGGUGGUGGAAGGGAAGUCUGGUUUGGCUUCCACCAAUCUGUUCGUCCAUCUCUUUGGAAAAUGAUGCUUAACAUUGACGUAUCGGCAACGGCAUUCUACAAAGCCCAACCAGUGAUCGAGUUCAUGUGUGAGGUUUUGGACUUUAAAAGCAUCGAUGAACAGCAGAAGCCCUUAACAGAUUCCCAAAGAGUCAAGUUCACAAAGGAGAUAAAGGGUCUGAAAGUAGAGAUCACACACUGCGGGCAGAUGAAAAGGAAAUACAGAGUUUGUAAUGUAACCAGGAGACCAGCCAGCCACCAGACGUUUCCCUUACAGCAGGAGAAUGGGCAAACUAUUGAAUGCACUGUGGCACAAUACUUUAAGGACAAAUACAAACUAAUACUUCGAUAUCCUCAUCUUCCAUGUUUACAAGUUGGGCAAGAGCAAAAGCACACUUACCUUCCUCUUGAGGUUUGUAACAUAGUGGCUGGACAGCGAUGCAUCAAGAAACUGACAGACAAUCAAACCUCCACUAUGAUUCGUGCCACAGCCCGGUCAGCCCCUGACCGACAGGACGAAAUCAGCAAAUUGAUGAGAAGUGCCAACUUUAAUAGUGACCCUUACGUGCGAGAGUUUGGGGUCAUGGUCAGAGAUGAAAUGACCGAAGUGAAUGGCCGAGUCCUCCAGGCACCAUCAAUUCUUUAUGGAGGACGGAACAAGGCAAUAGCUACCCCAAUCCAAGGUGUAUGGGAUAUGAGAAACAAGCAAUUCCAUACUGGGAUAGAGAUCAAGGUUUGGGCCAUCGCCUGCUUUGCUCCACAAAGGCAAUGCACUGAAAUCUUAUUAAAAGCAUUUACAGACCAGCUGCGCAAGAUUUCUCGUGACGCAGGCAUGCCCAUUCAAGGCCAGCCCUGCUUUUGUAAGUACGCUCAGGGAGCUGACAGUGUGGAGCCCAUGUUCAAACACCUGAAGUACACUUACCAAGGCCUGCAGCUGGUCGUGGUCAUUCUUCCAGGGAAGACGCCCGUCUAUGCGGAGGUGAAGCGUGUCGGGGACACAGUUCUAGGAAUGGCCACUCAGUGUGUCCAGGUGAAGAAUGUCCAGAAAACCACUCCACAGACACUAUCUAACCUCUGUCUGAAGAUCAAUGUUAAGCUGGGUGGAGUAAACAACAUUCUGCUUCCACAGGGAAGGCCCCUUGUUUUCCAGCAGCCUGUAAUUUUCCUGGGUGCAGAUGUGACUCAUCCUCCAGCAGGAGAUGGAAAGAAGCCCUCCAUUGCUGCAGUGGUCGGUAGCAUGGAUGCUCACCCAAGCCGGUACUGUGCCACAGUGCGGGUUCAACAGCACCGCCAAGACAUCAUUCAGGACUUGGCUGCAAUGGUGAGAGAACUGCUGAUCCAGUUCUACAAGUCAACCCGCUUCAAACCCACUCGUAUUAUCUACUACAGAGAUGGCAUUUCAGAAGGUCAAUUCAAUCAGGUCCUGCAACAUGAGUUGUUGGCAAUCCGUGAGGCCUGUAUAAAGCUAGAGAAGGACUACCAGCCAGGCAUCACUUUUGUAGUAGUCCAGAAGAGACAUCAUACUAGGCUUUUCUGUAUGGACAGGAACGAGAGGGUUGGAAAGAGUGGAAACAUCCCUGCUGGCACCACAGUUGACACGAAAAUCACUCAUCCAUCUGAAUUUGACUUUUACCUUUGCAGCCAUGCGGGUAUUCAGGGUACUAGCAGGCCAUCUCACUAUCAUGUGUUGUGGGAUGACAACCAUUUCACUUCAGAUGAGCUACAGGUACUCACAUACCAACUGUGCCACACCUACGUACGCUGCACCCGCUCUGUUUCUAUUCCUGCACCUGCUUACUAUGCUCACCUUGUGGCAUUCCGAGCACGCUACCAUCUGGUAGACAAGGAACAUGACAGUGCUGAAGGCAGCCACACAUCAGGCCAAAGUAAUGGUCGAGAUCAGCAGGCCCUGGCUAAAGCUGUGCAGAUCCACCAAGACACACUGCGCACCAUGUACUUCGCCUGAGCUCUGCCAGAGUUGAGUCUCAUAUCCUCAAACACCAUGUGUCUAUAUGUUUAACAUACCCCGUUCAUCUGGGGGGUCUCCAAAUGUGCACAUAGAUAACUCGCAACAUUUCACACAUUCAAGGUCUUUGUUAUCUUUGUAUUUAUUUGAGUUGCAAGGAAAUAUUUUUGUCCAUUCGUUCUAUGCUUUUACACUGACAGUUCUGACUUUGCUUUGGGGUUUGUUAUUAUUGAUAUUAUAAUUAUGCCAAGAUUGAUGGAUUAGAACUUUUGAUGAAGUUAUGCCAUUAAGGUUGCAGGAAAGAUAGAUUUGUGGAACCUCUGUCAGUACUGACUUAGAAGGACUUCAGGACACAAGUACUUACUGUUCUUUUUAUGUUUCUUUCACGUGUACUAACAAAUCUGUCAGUGUUUUUUGUUUUUUUGAUUUUUUUUUAAUUUUUUGGGGGGUUUUUUGGUUUUUGUUAGUCCUCAACUAAGUCAUUCUUCUGUAGUUGAUUAAGCUGGUUUCUUGACUACCAACCGACAGACUAUACUUUUUUUAAUGAAAAUCAAAUCUUUCUAUUAUAACAUGGACACAUUGAACAGUUUUUUAGGCCAGUGGAAGAUUAAUCAGCCAGAAAUCUGUAAUUCUCUCACCAUGAGAAGAGUGUUUUGACAAUCAGCUAUCUUCUGAGUCUGAAGAGGGAAUUGUAGUUAAUACAGGACUGGUUCCUGAGACCAGCACCCAUUUUUUGAACCAAACCUGUUAGUAAAUUAUUCUAUUUCUACCUUAGUUUUCUUUUUUGUUUUCCCAACAAUAUCUGUUAGACUAUCACAGUUAGACUGUAAAGAUAAGUACUAAUAUCGUGUGAGAUUAGUCUCUGUGUACUGCUGAUUAUUAUUAUUACGUCUACCACAAGUCCAGCCUAAAGCGUUGCUUUCUUAAAGGACCACUCCAUCGUUUUGAGACUAAUCUUUAUCUACUGCAUCUGUAGUGUAUGACUGAUUACUACUUAUUAUAAUGUAUUUUUCUCUCUCCUGAGAAAAGAUCAGAAAGCCUGUUUCUGUGAAACCUAAUUAUAAACGAAGCCAAAGGGCAACUGUUGCAUGAUAUUAAACAUUUACAAUACCUGACUACAUAACACAAAAUCCAAAAUGUUACUUGAUGAGACAGACAUUAAAGAUGAAGUUUUAUUCCACUUUCACUGGGACAGUAACGACAAAUUCUGGGCACAAUUUUCUUAGGAUUUUGGAUCUUCAAACAAACUCAUUCUACAAACCAAAGUUGUUUUAUAUUUCCAUGCCCCAAUUUCCCCCAUGCCCAAGUUUUGAGUAAAUGAGUUUUCUUAUCUUUUCUUGGUACACAGAGAAGUCUGCAAUUAUUUUUUUGUGUUAUCUGCCUGUGCAUUAGAGAUGCAGUGGAUAGAAAUCAGGUUUAACAAACCCUGGAGUAUUACUUUAAGCGUCUUGUGAUUCUGUCAGCCUCUGCUGUGGUGGUGCAGAAAUCAUGAUGUAAAGGACAUAUGAUUAUAAUUUCUUUAUCAUUAUUUUAUGUAUCUAUGUCCAAGAUGGUGAGCUGCAUAUUGUUAUUGUAUACACACACUGAUGGCUCAUGGAACCAUGGCCUUAAUGGUAGGGAGGUCUUGAGGAUUAUGGGAAAGUGUUUGUUGGUUAUAGAUAUCCAGUUAGCCACAUUACACUUGAAUGUGUUACGCACCUUAUUUUUUGCCCAAAUGUCAGUGAUAACGCAAUAGCCUUUACCGUAGAAGGUUUUUGACUGUUCUAUUGAUUAUGAAUUUGAGGACUCCUAUUGUGCAACUCUUUUUUUUUUUUUGCAUCUCUGGUGCUCUGGAGCUCUUAAGAGCUUUGUAGUGUCAUUGAGUUUGUCCAAUAGGUGAGUGGUUUUAGUUUUUGUUGAAAGGCUUUUGAGAUCGUGGGGUAGAUUAGCAAAUAAUUCAACAAUUUGUUAAAAUCGAACUACUAUUGUGUAGGCUUUUUUUUUUUUAACUGUUAUAAAUGCAGAUAUUAUCAGAACAUUGAUUAGCUUCCCCAUAAGUUUCACAUUUAACUUUAAAUAAUCUAUAGCUGAACAUUUUUAAACUUUUUAUACCUAUGCAUUUAUAAUCAAGAGAUUUUAGUGUGUUUUUUGUGUAUAUAAUGACUUUAGAUAAUGUGUAUUGUAGUCAUUUUAAGCUUUAAUAGAUUGCAUAGAGAAAAACCCUCUUCCUAUUGUAGCAGUAUUAGCCUAUAGAAUAUUCUAUUUUUAUUAUAGCAGACAAUUAGAUACAACUUUCAGUUAGUCCUGUUAGCCAAGAAAGAUUACACAUAUGUAAACAUACUGUUAUCCACAGUAACUGAAGCACAACAAAUGAUCGGUGCUAAACCUUUUCCUGAAACAAAUAUUUUAUGUACAAUGACAUCACAGUAAAUGAGAAAAAAAAAAAAUCAACCAUAGGACUGAUUCUUAAGGUUGAUUUUCUUCAGCAUUUUUACCAGCGUUAUUCAUUACUGUCAUUUUCUGACCGAACUGUGUUGCAGGGGCAUUUUAGUUCUCAGUCUCGAAUACUUGACUUAGUUAUUUUUCAUAUUUGACGCUGGUCUCUAAACUUGCAGAUGCACUUUGAAGGGCAUUGGACAUGUACCAUUAGUAAUUGUGUAGAAAUGGCUAGCUGUCCUACCUCUUGUUGCCUGUUUCUAAUAUAAUGGUAACAUCACUGCGUUAGUCAUUUCUUUAUAAUUACACAAGUGGUGGUGUUAGAAUAAAAUUUCUUUCUCUCAAAGUUUCCGGGCAUCUUUUAGUGUCACUUAACUCAGAAAUGACCGAAAGGCAUAUCUAUUCUUGGUGCCAUUUAAAUCUGAAUUGCCAUACUUUUUUUUAUUAUUAUUAUUAUUAUUAUUAUUAUUAUUUCUAAAUAAGGACUAUUUGAACAAAGUGCUAAACAUUCAGAGCUUUGAAGUAACCCUGCAUGUUUAGAAUGAAAUUCACCAAAUGGAUUUGAAAGAGCCUUAUCUAUUCUCAAUCUUUCUGCAAGUGCACAGUGUGCAUUUAUACAUUCUUAACCAACUGGCUGUUAAUUUGGAACAAUAUAUUUUGUGUCAUUUAUACAUUCAGGUUUGCACAUCUGGUGAGCUGUUAUUUAUCACUUGGCUUAGAAAACAACCGAAGUGAGCAAUUUAAACCAGUUUUCUUUUUUGUCCUAUGUGGUUUCAACUUCACCUACCUUUUUAUUGGUUUUCAGUUCUACAGUUCCCUUUGUCCUGCAAAUAUGACCGUGAUUACAUUACAGCUUUUACUUUACCUAAGUUUUAGAAUUUUACCUUUUAAAGCCAGCACCUUAGGUUGUCAGAACUCUUUAAGCAUAUGCAAUUCUUAUAUAAUAAAAAGAAAACGUAUAACUAAGGUGGUUUUGCACUAUAUGAAUAGGUAUGGACUGGAUUAUUUUUUUGGAAAGAUGAGAAUGUUGGUUGUCCUCUUUAAUCACCAUGAAUGCUAGUGGGUACUGCGGUUGUUUUUCAGAUUGUUUUACAUUUUGGUGCAUGCACACACAAGCUAAUUGGUGCAGAAUCUGAAACUCCACAUAUAUAAUGAAUCCUGACAUUUGAAUAACUAUGCAAAAACUGAUCUUGGUUCAGAGCCAUUCAUCCUAUUGUAGUUUUUUGGACAUGUUCAAAUUGGAUUAGUUUUAUGAUCCCUAGUGGUUUUGUAUGCAAGUUUGAUUUUAAACUCCAUUCUUUCAAAGACUCGACUGAUUUUUAUAUAACGUCUGAGAUGUAAUGGAGUUCAUUGAAAAUGGAUCGAUCUUUUAAAAUAUGAAACUGCCAUUUGUAUUCAAGUUUUUUUUUUUCUUUCUUUUUAAUGAUGUCCAGUGUAAUCCAAAACAAAUGACGACAAUGUAAUGCUGGAUGUGGUGAAAUUCGGUGUUUUAAAUUAAGACAAACGAAUCCUUUCGUCUAUGCACAGCACAACCACAUAGCGCAUUUUGUGAUAGCAUGGAAAAGCUAAAUGAGAAUCAGCUUGGUGCUGUUUUAAAAUUGCAAUGCAAAAGGUACCCUUUUUUGGUAAAUCCAUUAUAUGACUCAAUAACUGUAAGCUGUUUUGCUAAAUGUCUAGACAGGAUUGUACAGAUCUGAGAUUUCCUCUUGAUUGGCAAGAGUCAAAUGAAUUUUUAUUUGAGGAUAUUCAGUAACGCUCUCUAAUGAAUAAACUUUUCUUUAACUUUGCACUCUAACUUCCUGCGUGUUACCGAAUAGAAUAAUCAAAGCCUCACAAGUCUACUGAAAAUAUAUAACAUGGGCUAAAGCGCGAGGGGGAAGAAAAAAAAAAAAGACCAUAGCAUAUAUGAAGAUACUUAUUGGCAUAAGUAAUACGCAUACAUGUAUAUCAGCUACAGUUCUGAUGUGAGCAAGUUAACAUUUGUGUUUAUUACUGACAUAUGGACAAAUCUUUCUGUUGCUUGUGUUUGAGGUGCUGCACUGUAAUAAUCGUGUAUACUUAGGGCAAUAUUGUGUUGUUGCUGUUGUUGUACCUUUUAGUACCCCCCCACCCCCCAAUAUUCCAUACUGCCACUAUUUCAAACUAUAUCCUGAUACCCAGGUUAUACUAAGGAUCUUGGUUCCAAUCACUGCUCGUCGUCUCCAAAAAAAGAAAAUUCAGAAAUUAAUCUGCUCCAUGUCACUAUAUGCACAAAUGUGUAAAUUAUUCAGCAGGUCACCUUUUGGAUUUAUUUUUGCCAAUGACAUUUGACACCAUUUUAUUAUCCAGAUGUACAUUCUAAAGUGAUUUUACGGAGGAAAAAAAAAUCAGCAAGGUCUGUUUUCGAUAAGAAGUAUUCAUCUCAUCGAAAAAGCAUAAACUCGUAUGUACAUAAAAAUACUGAAAUGCAGUGUUCCUGUGUUCAAGGUUGAAAAUCAUUUUAAAAAAAAUAUCACUUAAUAACCUGGCUUUUUAUACCAACUUUGAAAACUACCUCAGAACAAUUUAGGGUGCUAACCUUCUCUCUCUCUCUCUCUCUCUCUCUCUCUCUCUCUCUCUCUCUCUCUCGGCAUAUACUCGCUGUCCACUUUAUUAUGAACAGGAACCCCUGUGCUCUUGCAUAUUUAUGCUGUUAUCAGUCAAUCAUGAGGCAGCAGCACAAUGCAUAAAAUCAUACAGAUGCAGGUCAAGAGCUUCGGUUAAUGUUAUACCUAUGAAACAGUAGAAUAAAGAAAAAGUAUGAUGUCUGACUGAGCAUUUUGUGUGUGAAAAUCCCAGUAGGUCAGUGGUUUCUGAAAUACAUACCACAAUCAAAUUCACAAAGAUGAAACUUUUUUUGUUAGAUGGGAACAGUAACUGGAGCACCUGACCUGUAUCUGCAUGAUUUUUGCAUUGUGCUGAUGUCACAUGAAUGGCUGAAUAGGUAAUGGCGUAAAUGUGUUCCUAGUUAAGUGGACUGGACUGUAUGUAUGGUGUAUGGAUGUGUGUGUGUGUGUGUGUGUGUGUGCAUGUGUACAUAGACAAUGAAUUAUAGUGACCAAACAGCUCAAGCCAAUACUCCAUUUUUGAAUUUUUGCUUUUUCAUAUUGUUGUCGAGAUGAGGGACAUCCUAUCAAACAAACAAAAAAAAAAUAUGCAGGGGACCAAAUUGUGAAAGGACAUUCUGUGGACUGUAAACUGUAGUCAUAAUAGAGUAUUCAUUUUGUUUCAUCAAAAACUUUAUUAUUGCCUUCGGUCAUAGUUUGGCAAGGACACACGCACAAGGAAAAGUUACUAAUAAGGUCUGGCAGUAUGACAACAUGACUGACACAAUCUCGAUACACUUUUUCGUUAUCAUCAUCAUCAGGUGUCCCUGCUUUCAUAACUUUACUGUAAAAAGCAACUGACUACACAAUUAAAACAUGUUUGUACUAAUUGGUUCAUUUUUUUAAUUUUUGCUUUGUUGGUAAACCUUGUUAGCAAAAUGUAUAUCCUUUAUCGCAAAAGUUUUGUGAUUUUUAAUAUCUUUUGCCAUAUCGCCUAUCCCUAGUUGCUAGUUUCUUGUUUGAGUGAACAGAGAGCAAUAAUUGCAUUAUUACUCUUCUCUACAGGGUGCAUCAUGGUGUAUUUACUUUAGGUUAUCAUGUGGUUCCUCACCGAGUGCCAUCUAUAAGCAUUUAGGUUUAAUCUUGUAAGAUUUUUGUGUUCUUUCCGUAAUCAUCAGUAGUGAUGUGCCGUAUUCAGGAUCAUGUAUUGGGUUCACUUGCCUCAGUCAGCAUUGUUCUGUUUUUGCAAUACUACAGAAAGGCAGAUUUGCUACAUCCAAAAAUCCUAGCAUGUUUGUACAUUUUUAUUUUUUCUUAAUGUUUCUCCAUGUUUGGCAGCAUGAUUUCUAACAAACCAGCUUGUCAACAUCGCUCUGUCUGAAUGCUUGCAUUAGCCGCCGUGGUUCUUCAUUUUGAUAAAUAUUCAGUAUUGCAAUAAACAAAAUCGAGGCUCGUUUUGGUGAAAGCUCAACAGAAAGCGUCAGCAGCUCAAGAAUAAGCUAUUUGAAAUAGUUUUGCGUAUACUUUUUACCUUGCAAUGUUUUACAAAGGGAAUUUUCUGUUGAAUAACGUGUUUGCAGAAUACAUUCUACUGAUACACUGGCCUGUUUCCGUUGGUACAAAGGGUAUGAAAAUAAAAUCAAAAUUCUUGAUAUUUUUGUUGAGCUAAAGAGCUAAAGACAUCCACUUUGUGUGUGUGUGUGUGUAUUUGUGUGUGUGUGUGUGCCUUUUCAGAUCUGUCAUCUCCUGUAUUUAUAUUUGGUGAUGAUUAUUUUUAAUUUGAUAAUUCAUUGUCACAGCAAAGAAUAUAUGAAUUACUCAUGCAACCUUGAGUGAAUGCUGCAUAGAACGAUCAGUAUUUGUAUAUUGCACUUUCUAAUCAGUUUAAAAAAAAAAUAAUAAAAAAGCCCUGUUUAAAAUUGGGCAGAGAAAUUAAAAGAAAAUUGAGACGAGGUAUAUUCUGCUAUAAUAGGAUUGUUUUUUUUGUUUGUUUUUAUUUUGUUUGUUUUUUAGAAAACAAAAGUGACUUUUUUCUAAAAUGUGCGUAGACAUGAAGUACCUCAGAAGCCUGAUAUAUGCUGCAUCAUCUUCAUUAUUAUUUUUUCUCUUGUGAACCUCAUUGUCUUUCGUACAUACAGUAAUACAGUUUUCCCAACAGAGAGGUUGGAUGUGCGUGCAAGGCAGUGCUUACACCUUUCUAAAAUGUGUUUUUGGUUUGAAUAAAUCGUCCUUCUGACAGCAGUAUUUACAUUGGCUUUUUAUUUGAGUGAAGGAUAGAUAGGUGCUGUGGAGUACAUAGAGAAUUCCUUUCUCUAUGUAAAAAAAAAAAAAAAAAGUAUUCUGUUUCGAUUUUUGUUCAUUUUUCAUACUAAUCUGGCGUUUAAUGAAGAUCGCAAAUGGCAACUAAUCAGACAUAGUCCUAAAAGACUGCUGACUCAGGCAUUGCUGUUUAAGGGCUAUAUCUGCUACUGAAACUCCGCCCUGUACUCACUCACUCGUGUCUUAAAGUAGCCCUGGAUCUGCAUUUAUGGCUAAAUCGUCAUACAGUGUAUCUGGCCUUAAACAGUGCACUAUUAACCAAACCACGCAAAUCAAGCAUUUUUCUGCAUCACUGCCAAGCUUGUACUAGAUUUUUGCCGUAAAUCUACCUCCUGGGAAUUUAGGAGUGUCCUGGAAAUACUUAGAUUGAAAACAAAUAAUCUUCCAUUACCUGUAUCUGAAACCUCCAGGACGCUCUAGCUGAGGCUGUGUGUAAGCAUGUUUUCAUCCAAGCCAUGAAAGUGACCAAAGUUUUUAGGAAGGCAUUCUGGUGGCGCUGCCUCGCAGGCUCAAAUCUCCUCCUCGCAACAGACAUUGUAUUUUUAUUUUUUUUUUAUUUUUAAUUCCUACUUAAGCACCUGCCAAAUUGAAUUUACUGUCAUUCCUGUUGAGAGCUUUUAUAUCUCAGUCAUGUAUUUGGACUCACUGCUCAGCUUUGUGUCUUUUGUUCUUUCAUUUCAUGUAAGGUGUGAGCUUUGAGUUUUUUGUUGUUUUUUUUCUUUUUCAUUCAUGCUUUUAUGAUUGCAAGCUCAAUAUAUGCUGUAAACCCUGCUAGGAUAUAAUGUGAAUAUCAUUUAAUAUAGUUGACUUUUUUUUUUUUUUUUGCUUGAGUGUAUAUGGCAUUGAUUUAAUAAACUUGAUUUCCCUUCAA